GGGCAGAACGAGAGGAAGAGGGGGGGGUUAUUCUGCCUUUGCGAUUUUUGAUCUUGCGACGCCGACAGUGGUCAUCAGCUACCGUGUCCUGCGCCAGACGAAAGGUGACUGGUUGGCUGACUCCGCCCAUCACAUUCACCCUCGAACCUCCUCUUUCACGUAACCACGCCCCUUCCUUCACAUCCAAUCCCGACAUGGAGCCCAUCAAGGUGCAAUCAGAAGGUGGACUGAAUGUGACCCUCACCAUCAGGCUGCUGAUGCACGGAAAGGAGGUGGGGAGCAUCAUCGGAAAGAAAGGGGAGACGGUGAAGAAAAUGCGGGAAGACAGUGGGGCACGCAUCAACAUCUCGGAGGGUAACUGCCCCGAGCGGAUAGUCACCAUCACUGGGCCAACGGACGCCAUUUUUAAGGCCUUCGCCAUGAUAGCCUACAAGUUUGAAGAGGAUAUCAUCAACUCCAUGAGCAACAGUCCGGCCACCAGUAAACCCCCAGUGACCCUGAGGCUGGUCGUCCCCGCCAGCCAGUGUGGCUCCCUCAUCGGAAAAGGAGGCUCCAAAAUCAAAGAGAUGCGGGAGUCUACAGGAGCACAGGUCCAGGUGGCGGGCGACAUGCUCCCCAACUCCACUGAGCGGGCGGUGACUAUCUCCGGAGCCCCCGAGGCCAUCAUCCAGUGUGUCAAACAGAUAUGUGUGGUGAUGCUGGAGUCCCCACCGAAAGGUGCCACCAUCCCCUACCGCCCCAAGCCUGCCUCCACCCCUGUCAUUUUUUCAGGUGGCCAGGUAAGAGCAGACCCACUGGGGGCGUCCACAGCCAACCUCAGCCUCUUACUGCAGCACCAGCCACUGCCUGCUUAUACCAUACAAGGACAGUACGCCAUCCCACAUCCAGAUCAGUUGAGCAAGCUUCACCAGUUGGCUAUGCAGCAAACCCCCUUUACCCCCCUCGGACAGACCACCCCUGCCUUCCCCGCAGCAGGUCUGGAUGCCAGUAACCAGGCCAGUACUCAUGAACUCACCAUUCCCAAUGAUCUAAUAGGCUGCAUAAUCGGACGCCAGGGCACCAAAAUCAACGAGAUCCGUCAGAUGUCUGGGGCGCAGAUCAAAAUUGCUAAUGCCAUGGAAGGGUCAUCGGAGCGCCAGAUUACCAUCACAGGGACCCCCGCCAACAUCAGCCUGGCUCAGUACCUCAUCAACGCAAGGUUUAGAGACGUGGCGGCUAUGUGGAAUGACCCGUCAUCCAUGACCACAUCCUGAGAUCCCUGACUGGCUCCUCCGUUUGGCCCUUUUCAAUGACUGACCACCGCAGACAACAAUGACGAAGCCUUUCGGACUUUGACUCUGGCCUCUCCGAAAACCCUGACCACCUCUUUUAUCCCAGUUCGGCAUACAUAAAGAGGGAGUUCUUGGCGCUCCCUUCCAUUUCAGAGAGCCUAAAUUAAAUCCAGAGAAAGAAAAAAUGUACGGAAACAAAACUCUCUGUUGACUAGAUUUUCUUUUCUUAGAGAACUGUUGAAGCAUGUUGAAUGUUUAUUCAUAUUAAUCUUCUUUUUGUCUUUUGUUUUCUGUCAGUACUGAGUCAUAGAACAUUUAAGAUAUAAAAAAAAAGUUAUGAGCGAACAUUUUUUUGUAGAACGUAGAUCUUUGCAUAUUUAAGUGAUGCUGUCGGCAGCGUGUGUGGCAGGAUGUAGCCAAAUGAUCCGAUUUUGCUACGAUACUUUUUUCCUUCUUUGCACGUUUAUCUCCAACCAUGGUGCAUCACUUGACCUUAAAGACCGUGUCCCACAGCCACUACAUACAUUUUGUGCAUAUUGCACGGAAAAUUGGUCAUAUGUGAGUAUAGGUGGAAAAAGUGAGAAAAGUUGUGGUCUUUACGUGAAAUUUUCAGAUGUAACACAAAUGAACCAUGUCAAAAACCACAGAAGUAUGAAUAAACCACACAAAGAACACGUAAACGUAGAACAUGAACCGAGUGUGAUUGUUGCGCUGUUUAUAUGCAAUUCAUCAGUGAUUUGUGCUUCAAUUACAUAAAUUUGAAUGAAUAUAUGCGCCAUUUUUCCCAUAUAAAAGUGAUACAUCAAUGGUACAUGCGUGAAAAUCUGUUAGACCUACGUGGAACAGUCAUGGAAAGCCACAAAUUUGAGGAUGCAUAUCGUAAAGAUUGCAUCAGAUAUUCAUAAUAAUUUUGUAUAAACUACGUGAAAUACACAUAAAAUGUUUAAUUCUACCGAAAAUGUUGAACACCUCAAAACCGAAUUCACGUAAAGACACGUUGGCCAAAACCCUCGACGGACAUCUGUGCACUUCGACGAAUGGCAAAUACAAGAAACAUAAUUUACGAAUAUCCCACAUGUAUCACAAAAGACGGAAAUUUCGUACAUGGAAAAUGCGCAAAGUUUACAUAUUGGCUGUGUGACACGGCCUUAAGCCAAUGCUGUCGCUCCUACAGGCUCCCGUUUAGAGUUCAUUUCCUCCAUUUACAUUUCUGCAUGUUUACAAUGUCGUAUCGUCGCGUGUUUUGAGUAGACGCUCCUUUUAACGUUGCUAAUACACGUCUUUGUAGUCUUGUUCCUGUUCUUUCCGACGACUUUUUCAGGGUUCCUGACCGAUCACGUCUAGUCCUACUCCCUGCCCGGAUGAAGAAACUUUCCAGCGUAGCCUCCUUUUCGCAACACCAAUAUUUAGUAUAUAGAUGCAUGAAUGGGAAUUAGUGAAAAGAAAAUCAGUGGCUAAAACACUGACGGAAAAUGUUCAUGAUUGUUUACUAACUUAUUAUACUGUAUUUGUUUUGUAGAAAAGACUAAUGCGAUUUAGCACAUUAGUCAACUACGCGGCACUCAUGCAAUAGACUCUACUCAACACUACAGACUGCCUCUGUUGCAGGGAACGGGUUAGACUUAAAAGUCGUUUUUUGCGUUAAAACUUUGGCUUCCUUCUCUAGCGCCUAAAACGUUUUUUGUUUUUUUUUGUUAAGAAGCUUCGAGGAGAAGGAUGCCAAUCUAUAACAGCAAAAGACAAAAAACAAAAAAAGAACUGCCUAAACGUUUGGACGUAACCGAAUGGUAACUUUUGGGGCCAUGGAAUGUUCAGGGGUUCGUUGGAGGGAACCCACAGGGCCUGGGCGGACGUGACCACUCAGUCUCUUUUCACGAUUGUUCAUCUCGUCAUGUUUUUUUCAUCGUCAUGCGUUUGAUUUGACGCUUUAGGUUUGAAUGUCUUUUUAUUGUUGAUACUAUGUCGACUACUUUAUUGUUUUAAUUUAAAAAAAAAAAAGGACAAGAUCGAUGACAGCUGUACUUGCUGAUUUUCCAUUUAAGCUAGCUUGUAUUUAUCUAUGCUAUAGUGAUGCAGGUACGACUUUUGUUCUGUAAUUAUGAAACGUAAGCUAAGUUGGUUAUGCUGUCUUGGUAAUAAUUUUCAGUGAGCUUCGGUACUUCUGCAGCUCGUUGACGCUUUUACUUGUUUUAAAUACACACCAAAUUUGAGACAGUCAAAGUCCAUCUCCUUUCCGAGUCUCAGUCGAACUCAGUUCAGUGUUGACACAUGCAAACAGCUGUUGAAUGUUAUCGCUGAGUCACAUUAGCUGCAACCCAACACUGAACUAUUUUGCCGUUGCACGAAAUCUACCCUUUAUUUACUUACACAACUUCUGUUAGCAUUCUUAGCAGCUUAAAAGUGGAGUUUGACAUUUUGUGAAAUAUUUGUUUGUAUUCUGAUGUUUAAAAUAACGUAGAAUUUAUGUUUGUCUUUAUUACUGCUAGCGCUUAACUAACCUAGCAAAACCUAGCAGACAAAACUUAAGUGUGUACCUUCAAUGUUACCAAAGGAGGUCUGAAAAACAUUACGUUUAAAGUAAUUAAAUGUGAAUAAUUUUUGUUUAUUAAUGUGAGUAAUUAAUGCCCAAUUUGCAAAACAGAGACUAAUUAGCUAUUUUAGCAACCCUAGCUAGCAUAACACACCUGUGUUUAAUUUGUAGUUAUUUUUUUAUAUAGGUUUUUGAUCUAAUUAUCGAUUUGUUUUUCUGGGUUUUUUGGUGGAAAUUUGAAAAACUACUGGAUUUUCUCUUUCUUUAGAGUGCGAACUAGCAGCGAAAAAGCUAUAAAAUUAAUUAAUUUAGUUAUUUAUCUUUAAGAAGGUUUUUUUUUACUUGUCUGGUUAGUUCUAAUCUUUUUAGCUAAUAUUUUUUUAAAUUGCUGAUAGAACAAAUCCUGCAAGCCUACAACGUAAAUAUAACUGGUGAUAUUAACAGCCAGCAUUCAUUAUUUACUUUAAUUGAUUCUACCCAAUAGUAAAUUGUGUUUUUUAGUAAACAUUUGAAAUCUAUUUUAGUCUUUAGUAAAAAUAUAAAAGGAAAAAAUAAAAAACUUUUCAAUUUACUUUUGUGAAAAACUAAGUUUAUUUUUAAGCUUUUUUGUUGCUAACUGGCAUUAGUUAAAUCAACACGAUGCUAAUUUUGGCAAUAGAAACUGUAGGGGAAACUAGGUGCAUAUUUUUGACAACUUGUUUAAACACUUGCUAAAUUAAACAAAAAAAUACAUUUGUGACUAUUUUGGUACUUUAGCUAGUUUAGCUAUUAUAGCGCUCUUGAGUUGAUUUUUGUAGCAAAACAAUCUAUUGGUGUUCUUAAUUUAGUUCUUUCUCUUAGUACUAAUCUUUCUAGUUUAUAUCUUUCUUAAUUUCUUGAUUGAAAACCACCUGCAAGGAUACAAAGUCAAUGGAAAUGGUGUUGCUAACUCACUUAGCUUUCAUUAUUCUUUUCAAGUCAUUCCUCCCGAUAGUAAUUAUCAGUAAACAUUUAAAAUCUAUUUUAAGAAAAAUAUAAUAGGUAAAAAAUCACAUUUUUCCUUUUACUUUUAUAUAAAAUGAUUUUUUAUUUAUUUAUUUAGCUUUAUUGUUACCUGCAGGCACUAGCUAAAUUAGCAUGUUGCUCAUUUUGGCACACAUAAUCUAUAAGGGAACUAGCUGCAAUAUUCUAAAAUAGUUAACAUCAGCCAACUACCUUCAAAAAAUGUAGCUUCUUUUUCAAACUCGUAUGUUUGCUAAUGCUUGUUUGCUAGGUUAGCUUGGCUCUAGCGGUAUUGUCGUUUGUUGGCAGGCAGACUGUAAACUUUUUUUUGUUUUGUUUCGUUUAGCUAUUUUUGCUAAAACAGUUUCCAAAAUGUCUCUUCUUGUGACUUUUAAGCACUUUGAUGGCAUAAAUGUGAUAAUGUAAAUGGACCAAAUGCUGUUUCAACUUACUGAAGGAUGCAUCGUCAGUCAAUAUUCGCAAUAAUUCUUAUUAUUUAGAUGUAAACAGAUAGUUGUGUUAGCAGUGAAACAAGCUUUUUUAUUACUGUUUGUCUUGGCUUGUAAUUCAGUGGAAACGUUUUCAAAUGAAAAAAGUUUAAAUAAUAAUCAUUUUUAUUUUCUUUCUUUGGGCAAACCUGCUUUUACGGUCAGUUAGCCAAAACCCAAGACGGGUUUAUUUCCCGCAGUUGCAGUGAAGGCUGUCAUUAAGGACAUCUUUGCUUUUCCACUGCAGUUUUUAGUGCAUGUGUUGCUUCGAACACCCGUUGGCGGUUGAAGUCAUCAUUUGAGGGUUUAAGUCUUGUUUUCCGGUACGAUACUGACGCCAAAGCAGGUCAACUGAGUUGUACGUAACGGCAGUGGGAUUUUAAUAACAUCCAUAUUUAUGUGUUACUCAGUGUUUGAAAACUGUAUUUACAUUUGUGUAUAUGCCUGAGUAUACUACAACUUUGAAACAAACUGCAAGUAAUGCAAUAAUAGGGUGCGAUGUGCAAUGAUUUAUUUUUUCUCUGUAUUAGCUUAUUAUUAUUAGAAAAUUUGGAGCUGUGGAAUUAGCUAUUAUUUUGUAACUCUCUACUACUUUUUAAGUGGCAAUGAUAGUAGGAAAAAAAAGAAAGAUGGAAUGACCACAGUAAAUAUUUUUUUUUGUUUUUUUCUGUUUUUGUGAAUUGCUGUUUUCUGGGGGGGACAUUGAAUCUUUAAAUUAUUUUGGAUUGAUUUAUUUGCCAUGUGCAGAUCUACUGUAUAUUAGUUGUGAGUAAUUCCAUAGGUUUUAAUUUUAAAGUGUCGGUAAGUAUAACUAUCAAAUAAAGUUUAAUUUCUUCUUUCAA